AUGACAUCUCCCGAGCUAAACUCCCGGCCGGAGCCAGAUAACACAGCAUCGUUUGGCUGGCGACCGAAAAACGCCCGUGUGCAGUCGCUGUUUGGCCCCUUCACCCGGACACAACAAUGGGUCAAAACGCCCGCUACGCUUCAAUUUGUCGAUGGUGCGACAGCCGAUGAUGACUUUCCAGACGACGACGGCUUCCCAGAUGCGUCGUCGUGGCAGCCAAUUCGCAGCGAUCGGCCUCCCAAUGGGCCACACGCACAAGCAUCAGCGCUGCAAUCUGCGCAGAAUAACGUCUCACAGGUGCCGGUAUGGUCCACGUUGUCGCCGGACUCGACUGGGUCGACGCGGACCGACCAAUCAACCCAGGCAGCAGCAUACGACGCACCAGACAACCCGUUGCGGCUAGGCUUUGCUCCGGCACUGAACCAGGUGGCCCAACUGCGCUCCCAGUCGCCCUCAGACCGGUUCAUCGUCCACGACGAGAUGGGGCCGGGCAGUACCUUUGACCUGCACGAGGCCAUCAAUGCCGUUCAGUCGGUCCAAUCGCGCAUCUAUCUGGAGAAGUCUGCCUUCCCGCUCCAGGACAAACAGGAGGCUUUGCUUCUUCGUCAUUUUGUGCAAAAUCAAGCCGGAUGGGCAACUACACAGCUCGACAUUUGCGAUCCUGCCCGACACUUUGCUACCACAGUGCCUCUGCGAGCCGGCACCUGUACGGUCCUGCUCAAUGCCACGCUCGCCUUAGCUGCCAAACACCUGGCACAUAUCAGCGACUUUGACCGCUAUGCGUCCGACCGGUAUCACCGCGAAUGCCUCAGCGUGCUGAUUCCGUUGAUGAGCCACGAAGUCACGGCCGCGGACGAGAAUCUGUUUGCCGCGACCAUUAUUCUACGCAUCUGGGAGGAGAUGGAAGUAAAACACACUGGAGUCGACUCGCACAGUUACAUCCUCGGCAUACAUGCCUUUGUCCACGGCAACGGCCAUAAUCUACGACCGAAAACGCUGGGUGCUGCCAGCUUCUGGGCUGGUCUGCGCCAGGAGAUAUACACAGCCACAAUGAACCAGCAGCCGGUGAAGGCCCCCCUAGUCUCGUCGUUGGUGGAUGGGUCCCGCGAGCUUGGACCGGCCGACGAUGAGGACUGGGCCAACCGGGCUGUUGUCCACUGCGUCGACGUCCUCAACUUCUGCUUCGGGGAAGAGCCGCCGCGGCAAACGUGGGAUGGCCUGUACGCUUGGAACGAGCGAUGGACAGCGUCACUCCCGCCAUCUUACACACCAACGCUGGACAAAGAGAACAGACCGGGGGAAGCAUUUCCCGAGAUUUGGUACCACGAUACCUGGCAAGUCACCGGAGUGCAGCACCAUAUUCUUGCCACGUUGUUCCUCGUCAGCUUCGACCCCAGUUUUCCCCGUAUUGGUGGCCGCCGCAGAGAGGCAGCCAAGCGAAUGGAUACUCAGAUGAUGCGCGCGUGGGACUGGGAGGGUGUGGAGUAA